GGGUCUUUACACGGCCCAAGCUGCACUUCCCCGUCGUCUUCACUUGCAUCUCCGCGCAUCUUGCUGGUGCGCACGCCCAAACCCAAGCCCGACGCUCUCGCCGCCACUCUCGCCGCCGCUCCCCGCUCCGGAGUUCGCGCACCCCGCAUUUGAUUGGCCGCUCCUCGUCUCCACGGACGGUGAUGGCGCCGAGCCAAGAAGAAGGAGAAGUGCGUCGAGGGUAGCCCGAUGGACAAGCUGACCGACGACAUCCUCACCGACAUCAUCUCGCGCGUGCCCUACAAGUCAACCUGCUGCUGCAAGUGCGUCGCCACGCGCUGGCGCGACCUCUUCUCCCACCGCGACCACCGCAAGAAGCUGCCCCAAUCCCUCGCCGGCUUCUUCUAUGAAGGGUACAACAGAGACCGCUUCCCCAAGAUAGCUCGCUACUUCACCAACGUCUCCGGGGAAGGUGAACCUCUCGUUGACCCUUCACUAUCCUUCCUGCCUGGAUACAACAGCCUUGACAUACUAGACUCCUGCAAUGGCCUCCUGCUCUGCCGCCGAUGGCAUUUCACUAACCCCCAGCUGAUGGAUUAUGUGGUGUGUAAUCCCGCCACCGAGAAAUGGGUUGUCGUGCCUGCCACGGACUGGUCCAGCAAGGUGGAGGUCGCUCGCCUUGGGUUUGAACCCGCCGUCUCCUCCCACUUCCAUGUGUUCGAGUUCAUAGAUCAGCAGGCAUGGUGUAUAGAUGAGUCCGAGUUUCACGGUUGCGUUGGACGUAUCGAAGCAGUGGCGACCUACUCGUCCAAUACUGGAGUUUGGAGGCACCAAGUGGUUGAGAACAAUCAAUUUGCGAUACCCACACACUCAAAAGGCGUAUUUUUUAAUUCCAUCAUGCAUUUGGCUGCAUUUGAUGAUAUGGUAGUUACCUUUGAUGUCCAAGGAAAUCUUUUGUGGACCAUUGGUACUCCUCCUUCGCCACCAAACUGUGAUGAUUCCCCUAUCAAUGAUGUUUUCGUGUCACAGGGACAAUUGCAUUUUGCAAAUAACAGUGGUUCUGAAUCUGGUCGUUACAACCUAUCAGUCUGGGUUCUGGAAGACUAUGAUUCGAAAUGGUCCUUGAAGCACACUGUCAGCCACUGGCAACUGUUUGGAACAAACUAUUUACCGCUUGACCACAAUGUUAUCGCAUUCCACCCGGAGUGCAAUAUGAUUUUCAUAGUUUAUGGGCACGAAAACACACUGAUGUCAUACGAGAUGGAUUGCAGGAAGCGACAUUUUCUACGUCAACUUGGACGGGAUUGCAAAAGUGAAUAUUUUAGCACUGACGUGAAGACUCCUUUUAUUCCAUAUGUUCCCUUGUUCACAGAGUCAUUGGCAGAUGGGUCUUAAAAAGUCCCACUUGCGUACCGCAACCUCACAAUUGUCUUAUCUUUCUACUGAAAUCUACAUGAACUUGUAACAGUUGCUCAUGGUGAUUGAAUACAUUAAUGUAUGUACCUGACUUUAUGGAGCUGGCUAUUGGCUAUUGCACUUUACUUAGUAAGUGAUGUUAUGUUUGUGUCCUUGUAUAUGUGAGUAACCCAUGCAGUUUCAUCAGCCUAGUACUUAAUUUGGAUAAUAUGAUCGCUUUGCUGUACCAUUAUUGUCUUUGAUAUCUAGAGUCUAAUUUCUA